GCGCUCUCAUCAGAGGCGGGAAGCGCGAGCGAGUGUCGUGGCGUCCUUGGCUUGUGCUACCUUGAGAAAAGGAUGCGAAAACCCUACGAAACCCGUUUACAGGUCAAAGGGGUUUUAGAUUCGCUGAAAACAACCCUCGUUAUGAUCUUGAACGCGCACGCUUUGAACACUCCACCCACAGGAUACAAAAUUGACGCGCGUGUUUGGAGCUUGUGAGGAAAAUACCGACGCGUUGACGGUAGCCUACGUUUGAUCAGUUUGUCAGCGCUUUUGAAGUGUAGACCGCUGAGGGAUAUAAGGACUUUUUUAUGGACUCAAAUGUCUUGGUUGUACAAACGCUUUUGGAGAACGACGUGAAUUUGCUGUAGGUUACGACAGUAGUCUACUGAUGGAUUUUUUUUUAUUACUCUUAACUACGUUUUAUUGAAGCUAGUUUACGUGGAAAUGGUCUACUUUUUUGUUGUUGUUGUUUUUUUUUUGGGAAGGAUAUGAAUUUGGGAAUGUUCUUAAUAGCUGCUAAUUUAAACGCAGGAAAUUCAUUUCUGAGGAAACCGAUAUCCGCAUUUGGAUAAACUGAACGAGACUUGUUCAGCGCAACUACAUCCACUGGUGAUGCCGGAGGUUAGGUCCACCAGAAGUGAUAGGCUAACAUCCAAAGGCAUUAUGUUUUUAUGCAACACCACAGCCAUCAAGGACUGGAGCUAUUUUCUUUCUCAAAUCUUGCCUCUUGUGAAUAAAUCGGCUGGAUUUGUUCAUCAGAGUAUGGAUCGGGUGGAGGCGGUGACGAGCACCAUGGUGACGGCUCUGGAGCCUGACCUGAGCGGCAUGAGCGCCAGUCACCCGCCGCUCAACUCCAACCACACGUCCGGUUUGGAGCACGUCUUUCAGUACUCGUACUCCGAGAGCGACCAGGAGUACACGGACGACAAGACGCCGCCGAGGGACUCGAUACUGCUGCCCAAGGCGGUGCUGUACCUGGUCAUGGCGGCGCUUGUGGUGGUGGCUGUGGCUUACGCUAUAGUGGGGCACCUGUUGAAGGAUCUUGUGCAUGAGUUCGCGGAGUGGGUGUUUGGGCCCCGUUCAGACAACCGAAGGAGCAAGAGUGAGGUGAACUGCAUCAGCAGCAGCAUGAAUGAAAUGAGGGAACUCUCACAUCCAGUGGACAUGCGCUGCAUUGCGUACAAUCACUCCGACUGCCAAAGCGCCAUUAAGCCUGAAGAACUGGUGGUCACCAUCGAUGAGACCUCGCAGCUGCCUUGUGAAGCUUCCAGUGGGACCUAACUGAGAACAAACCACCUCCAUUUGAUACACCCUUUAUUAUGAGGAGAAAAGCAUGUUUGCAUCUGUGAUGUUGAAAGCUGGCACUUAGAAGUCACAUGGCAGAAGUCUUGUCCUAGGAUGAGGAAAACUGAAGAGUCUGGGAGGCUUUAGAAGGACAGGAAUCACUAAAGUAAAUUAAAUGUUCCGUAUUGGAUUGCUGUGAGACAUUUUAUAUUUUCAAAUCGAAUAGAGAAAGAGGAAAGACACUCCUUUAUCAUUCACAUCAGUCUUAUCACACAAUAUUUUGGUUUAUUUUGUUUUGUUUUGUGGCGUCAUCCACUGUUAAUCUAGAAUAGUGUUCUGCUGUUAUACAUUUCCUCUGCUACCUACAAGCUGCUAUGGUUUUAUUUUCCCACUUUUUGCAAAUAUUUAUGGGUGAGUAUUUAAAGUAUUUGCAAAUACUCAUAUUUUGCUCUGCAUUCUGCAUUCAACUAUGCUGCUUGAAAACAGAGAUCUUCUCCCUACAGGUUACUUGAAAAGUCAAGUAAUGAAGAUGGUUUGAAUAUACAGCCCUUGAUGAAAACAAAUAUCAGUAGUUAAUCCACAAUGGCUAAACAAAACUACCAAUGUGUUUUAUUUUCAUCUAAGGCAGUGUUACCAAAAAUAUGUUUUAUAAUGGAGAAAUACACUGAACUUCUCGCUGAAAAUAUAUAUUUAAAUGAUAGAAAACAGCAGUUAAUAGACUUUUGAUAAUAUAUUUGAUUUAUAUGUUGGGCGAUUAUCUAAAAAGAUUAAUAUCUAUGUACUUCACAACUAAGGGCUAUAAUUUCAGGUUUCAGAUAGUCGUCAUAACAAAGCUUGAGGACAGCUCAUCACAUUUUAAAUAGAUUUUUAAAGUCAGUAUUUACAAACAAAAAUAAAUAAUUGGCUAAAUGUAUCCCUCACAAUUGUCUCAAACUGGAAAAAGAGAAAAAUGUAAGAUUGAGAUGUCAGAUUAAAGGUUUCUUCCAUUUCUGCUGUCCUACAUUUUUAACAAUAAAUGUGAAAAACAAACAAAAACUCUAUUUUACCUGGUUACUUUUGCCAUAUCAACAGCUUGUUUUGUCUGUUGCUGCCAAAGUGUAUUUAUGUCAGAUGUCACAUUUUACAAAAAAACAACACAAACAAAUUGUUGUAAUCCAUGUCCAGUCAUGCAAUGUAACAAUAAUCAAAAUAUGUUAAGUUUUAGAAAAACACAGAAAACAUGUUUUUGUCAUGUCAAGUCCUGCAUUU